AUGUAUCGGUCGCUCGUUGGGAUCCAAACCAAUGCCCUCGAACAACACCCACCUUUAAAUGCCCUCUCCCCGAUCGCAAUUCCAAACGUCUUCGUCUUUCACUCUCUGCUUCUUGAAUCGCUCUCUGCUUGCUGAGAUCUGUGAACAAAGUUCCAGGAUAUGGGAUGCGUUGGUUCAAAACCAGAAGAUGCAGUUGCAAACAAAGGAAGGCCAGGGAUUGUCGAAGAGGUGGCGGUCUUCGUGCCAGGCUUGCGAGCCCCUAAAAACGUAGACUUUGUUCAGUCACUGGGUGACAGAUUGCCGAAGCGUUUAGUCGAACACCUGUCAGCCCUGAGAACUAAAAUAGUAGUUAUGGCUGCCCAAGAGGCACCAACUGUUGCAAAGCCAAGGAGAAAAACAGCCACACAACAUGGAGGUUCCAGUUUGGCUGAUCUUCUGCAGGCUCUGGAAGACUACUUACCAGUUCUACUGGGAUUGGCGAAAGAUGGAAGUCAACUAACAGACAAAGUACAGUUUGCAUGGGCUAACCAGAUGGAUGAUGCUGAGGAAACAAAAAUGGCAAAUGCUUGGUAUGAGGUGCUUUCAGUUCUGCACUUGAUGGCUAUGAUAUGUUUCUCUGAGGCCAACUUAUUGCUUCUUCCCAAAGUAUCUGGCGAUGGAGAUCAUCUUAAGGAAUAUGAAGAAAGCAGGAGGACCUCCAUUGAUAAAUUCUUGAAGGCAGCAGGCUAUUUGGAUUGUGCUAUUCAGCAUGUCCUUCCUCGACUUCCUCCUGAUCUGAGGAAGGAACUUCCUGUAGACCUGGCUGAAGGAGUGCUCCACUCUCUUCAUAUUCAAGCAUUGGGUCAGAGUGUUGAUAUUCAACUAUGGAUGGCAAUGGAUAGUGUCACGGCUACCCUUGCUGUGAAAAGGAGGUUAGCAUGUGAGAUGGUUAAGUGCUGGCAACAGGCUACUGAUUACAUUGCACAAUAUCCAUUAGCUGAAGGUUGGGGAGGAAAGCACCAUCUCUUUAUCAAGUUGAAAUAUGUUGAAGCAAAGGCUGCUGCUUAUUAUUAUCAUGGUGUACUCCUUGAUGAAGGGAACACACAGAAAUCCCAUACGGCAGCCGUCGCUGCUCUGAAAGCAGCUGAUGACUUUCUUAAAGAAAGCAAAAGGGCAUCUGAGGCAUUCAAUGUGCUGCCUCCCACAACAAGGAAUCCACUGCCCUGGGGUUCUAUGAAGUAUCUUUGUGAGAAAAUCCCCAAACAUGUAUCCAGCAAGGUUCGGAUAAAUCGAGACCUCUACACUCAAGACAGGAUCCUUGAGAGAGCACCAACAUUGCCGGAUUUUCCUGUGGCUCUUAAACCUGAUGAGUAUCGACUUCCUGAAGUGGAUCCUUCAUGGAACUACAGUAUGUGGAUCUCUGUUUGAAGAUGUGAGCGAGUCUUUCUCCAAAAGUUUGCGAGAAACGACUUCCAUUUCAGUUUACUCCUUGUUCUCUUCUCCCUCAACUUCUCCUUGUUCACUAAAGAUCUCUUUUGUAUGCUGAUAUCGUUAAUGUGUACAUUAAGGCGAAAAUAAUGCAUUGUGCAUAAGUGUUUUGGUUUUCAA